AUGCAGUUCACCAUAUUCACCAUCUUGGCCACCGCCGCCACCGUCCUCGCUCUGCCAACCGAGUCUGGCUCGUCCAGCGGCGGCAGCGGCACCUGCGCUUCGGGAUCCCAGAUCUCUUGCUGUGUCACCGACAGCAGCGACAGCGGCACUGCUGGCAACGUCCUCGGUGGCAGCUGCUUGCUCGACCAGGUCUCUCUGUUGUCUGCCCUCGACAACCAGUGCCCAGCUGGCAACACCUUCUGCUGCCCAACGAACCAGGACGGCACCCUCAACAUCAACCUCUCCUGCAUUCCUGUCAACGCUUAA